GAUACAUUUCUUAUAUAGCUUCUGGUUUGUUCAGGCUCUAUUUAUGCCGUAUGACCAUAAGAACACAACCCCAGAUGGACUUUCCUCCCACCAGAUGAAGUCAUUGCUUGAAGAACUCAACCAACUGCAUUUCCAAAAGCGUUGCAUGGUUGGGUCUGGUGGAGGUUCUGUUGGGUACCUGGCACAUGGGACAGCAACUGAUUUUAUGUUCGACAUUGUAAAGGUGCCAAUGGCUUUCACCUUUGAGAUAUAUGGAGAUGGAGCAGCCUCAUCAAGAGAUUGCUUCAAAAUGUUCAAUCCCACAGAAUUGGGUACCUUUCAAUGGUCAGUUAAUGAAAACAGUAUAAAUCUUUUCGCUUUCAGAGAGUUCUCAAUGAAUGGUCAGCUGCAUUUUUCACAAUUUUUUAAAUUGGGGCCAGAGCAGCUUGGUGAAAAUUAUUCAAAGUCUUCUGUGCCCACCUUAUUAGACAAGUGGGUAUCCAUAGAUGAGUAUCUUGAAGGGUACUUAGUCGAGAGGAGUAGUAGAUACGGAAAGAAGAUGGAGGUGCUUGAACUAGGAAUGCAGGAGAUAAGAACAUAUUUCAGGCUCUUCUUGUUAUCGUCUGUUCUGUUAAUGUUCAUGUUCUGUUCCAGAAUUUCAAAAAGCAAGUGUGCCAGACCAAUUGUUUCUGCUAUUGCAAUCUGA